AUGUCAUAUAAAUCUGACACCAACUUCACCUGCGUCUGCCGUCCCGGCUACUCUGCCCUCGACUCGGGCAAUGGCUGCACUUGCGCUGUUGUGAAAGCUGGCUCUAGUGUGUCCUCGCUCUCCACGGGUGCCAUAGUGGGCAUUGCUGUGGGCUGCUUUGCUGGCUUCGUUCUGCUGGCUGCUAUGCUCUCAUGCCUGCUGUGGCCCCGUGGACCAAGGAAGUGGGAGGGUCUAGACGUGUGUGAGCAGUACACGCUGCAGCAGAUGGUGAAGGCCACAGACAACUGGGCCAAGGGCAACGUGCUGGGCAAGGGAGCAUUUUGCAUCGUGUACAAGGGGUGCUUGCCACAGGGGCAGACGUGGGCCAUCAAGCGCUCCACUGUGAUGACCAACGACUUUGAAAUGGAGGUGCGGGCCAUCGAGUCUCUCCACCAUGUGAAUCUGGUGCGGCUGAUGGGCUUCUGCCAGGAUCUGAACGUGGAGACGGGCAAUCAGGAGCAGAUCCUGGUGUACGAGUUUGUGGCUAAUGGAGACUUGCAGCACCACAUUUACAGGAGUGAGAGUGAGUCGCAGUAUGCAACCAAGAUGGUGGAGGACUAUCAGGUGAUUGGCAUGAAGGACACCAAGCUAGACGCAACUGAGGAGGCCGUUCUUGCCAUUGUAGACCUGGCUCUCGACUGCAUCAAAUCGCCAGGUGCUCGCAGGCCUGUCAUGAAGGACAUUGCAUACCGUCUCACAGCGCUCAUUGAUAAGUACUGCUCGGACAAGCAGUCAGAAGUAGAGGAAGUAACGGGUAAAGCAGUAGAUGAGAUUCCCUCCGACUCUUCUGUAGGGACUGGCACAAUCUCACAGACUUCCACCAUGAGCCUUGGAUCUUUUAUUAAAGGCAUGGGUAGCUGGCUGGAGAAGAGGCCAAGCUGA